AAAGGAGGGAAGUGAAGCGAGAGGGAACUACUUCCUCGUCACCCCCCACAAUCAAAACAUUAUUCGUCGUGCGCAAUGGGUGAGUCCGCAUCCUCGGAAGGACAUUUUCUGAUCUAACAGUCAGCGCAGUAAAUCGGGAAGCUCCUGGAACAGCGUUGCUUCCGCCAUGCUUCAGCUGAACGACACCGUGGAGCCGGAGAGCCCGGGCGCCGCGGUCCUCCACCCCGCAGGAGCCGAGGAGGGGGUCGAGGUUGCCUUCACGCCCCCGGAGGCCGAGCGAAGCCUCGGACACGCAGCCUCCGUGGCCUGCUGCCCCCCGCUACAAACGCUGACGCCGUUUCACGUGCACAACCCCACGAUGCAGGCGAAAGUCAAGGACUACUUCGUGUUCAGGCCAGGUACCAUCGAGCAGGCUGUGAGCGACAUCCGGAGCGUGGCGCUUCCAUCGGAGGAUGGAGAGGUGCAGAGCGUCUGGCUGCUAACCGAAAUUGACCACUGGAACAAUGAGAAGGAGAGGCUUGUGCUCAUAACUGAUAGGUCCCUGCUCGUGUGCAAGUACGACUUCAUAAACCUUCUGUGUCAGCAAGUGAUCAGGAUCUCCCUCAACGCUGUGGACACCAUCUCAGUGGGCGAGUUUGAGUUCCCACCCAAAUCCCUCAACAAGAGAGAGGGCUACGGGAUUCGUGUCCAGUGGGACAAACGUCCGCGCGCUUCGUUCUUAAACCGCUGGAACCCCUGGUCCACGGACAUGCCCUACUGCACCUUCACAGAACAUCCCAUGGCCCACGCUGAUGAGAAGGUGGCCACUCUCUGCCAGUUGGACAACUUCAGGACCCAGCUGGUGCAGGCAGUGAAGAAGGCCCACAAGGAGCACCCCAUCCCCGGCCGCGCCAACGGUGUCCUGAUCCUGGAAAGACCCCUGCUCAUCGAAACCUAUCUGGGGAUUAUGUCUUUCAUCAACAACGAAGCCAAGUUGGGCUACUCCAUGACGCGGGGCAAGAUCGGCUUCUAGAUUCACUCGGCUUCUCUAAACUACAAGAGUUCAACCCAUGUGUCUGUGUUACACUGCACUGUCUGACGGAAGCUACAGCGUGAUGUGCGAACUGUGUGUGUAAGUUGAGCCCGUGAGAUGUACGCACCUCGUUAAGCUGGUGCCACAGGCAAGUGGUCGGCCUUCUGUAGGUAAAUGAUGAGCUGCAUGGACUGUUGUUUGUUUUUUUUGUACCCUCAGUUGCUUGCCAUCAAAGAGCUGCACACAGACCUGCCAGGACUUAGCCAUGUGCAGGAGAUAGCGGACAGAGCAGUUUCUUUAUAGAUUGACCAUCUUGUAGUCUCACGCUUCCUGUUUAACAUGGCAUAUUGUCAAAACUAAUGUGACAUUUAAGGUUAAAUGAUUAUAUUUGUGCUUUAGGAUCAAUGAAAGCAUAACAUUAGCCGUAAACAUGUUCCACACUUGCUACACGAUACGGUUGGAAAUGUAGAAUUGCUUUGUUCAGAACAUAAAGCCAUAGCGUAGCUUCUUGUUAUGGAAAAGCAGCUGAUGGAUUUAGCUUAACGGUCAUGUCACAUGAUUACUGUAGCAUAUGUUACAGUAGGGAAACUGCAGCAGGACGGGAUUGGACUGUACUGCUACACUGAAAAGUUCUGGGCUCAGCUUCAAAAUUACAGGAGGAAUUCACGUGUUAUGAUCCACGAUGCUCGAUGAAUACAAUAUUGAGUUACAUUCUGAGACCCUCCAUCACUAUUUGGGCUAUGUUUUAUUCCCAGUGUUUAUAUUUAGCUAAAUGAUAUCUUUGUUGGAGGGGCUGUACCAUAGACUGAAUAAAUAUGGACAAUGGGCCCCCACUUCCUUGCACUGGCCAAAAUCAAUGCUGUUUCUCCAGGGAUACAGGCGGCGCCAUGUUGAACAACAUGCACCAACAUUAUAUUAACUACCUGAAAUUACAGAAACCAUCCUUAAAAGAUUAUUUGAUGUGUAUUUUAGUGUUUUAGUUUGUCCCAAGUUCCAUCCACUAACAUGGAGCGUAUGACCUAUACUGCAGCCAGUCACCAGGGGGAGCUCUACUUGCUUUGGCUUCACUUUAGAUUAGCAGUUCCGUCCAUCGUUACACAGUCUAUGGGCUGCAUUAGCUACUAUUGCAGACAUGCUCUUAUAUGUCACAGAUGUUUUAUGCAACGUGAACCUGUAAACCAUGCCUUUUUGUUUGUUUGUGAAUUGCCUUAAUGGUCCUGCAGCCUGCGUUCGUUUUAGGCAUACUUUUGCACUCAUCUGCAUUAAACUGCAGACAAAAUAACACAAAACGAAAUACAUGCAGAUAAAGCUUUUCAUCCGUUCAUUAACCACAUACUGUAUGUUUACAAUGAAUGAGAUUUAGGUGAUUUCGUCCAAUCAUCCAACCAAAGCUUUCAGACAGUAUGUCCACGCUCAGCAAUGCCAACAAAUUGCGUCCCAAAAUGACUUUUUCUGGUCAGUCUUGUGCAUGUUCCCUGCACGCCGAGUUUGCAUGACAGAUGUUUUUUAAAAGUAUAUCCUGAGUGAAUUUGUACAUACUUGGUUGAUUUAUUUAUCUGCAGUUAUUUUUGAUGCGGUCGACUCAUAACGGCUUCUAGAAAACGAAUGAUGAACGAAUGAAUUUCAUUGCCAGUUUGCUGGAGGGUUUUAUUUAGGGAGUUAAACUUCACGGACACGUGAAGGCUUACUUGCCGUUCCGGAUAUUUGCAGCAGAGCGGCCACAGUGGAAAAUAAUAAAUGCCUAUACGUUUUUGGCAGGGCCGCAGCUCUGCUUGUUGAUACAGACAUGCGUUUGGAUGACAUCUAUAAUGUCAAGGACUGCAGCUAAGUGAUUUAAGUUACAGUUCGUGUGGCUGCACAAUUCAGGCUUAUAUAAAUGGGCAAGCACACAGGCAGACGAUGCCUUGAGACCAACUAAUACAGUCCUAAUAUAUUUAGUAUGGCCUGUUGAUUUAUUGUUUGGAUUCCUACCGAUGUUUCAGUUUGGUCAUAGCGGGUAACAGCUAUUACAUUCUGUAAGUAAUGAUGCAGCAUUUGCAGGUUAAAGCAACUUGUGUCAUGAAGAAACGCUUUAAAAUUACACUUUGAAAAAAAAAAACUGUCUCACGUCUUUGUUCAUUAAACACCACAAACAGCAAG